AUGGAUUACGACCCAGAAGGCGGCGCAAUCAACGUGCGCUUCCUAGAGGCCAACAGCCAACGCGCCAACUUCAUCGUCCAAAACUUCAACCUCGAGACGGCCAACUCGCUGCGGCGGGUUAUGCUGGCUGAGAUUCCUACACUAGCCAUCGAUGUCGUCGAAGUCCUCGACAACACCUCAGUGCUCGCCGACGAGUUCGUAUGUCAUCGCCUUGGUCUGAUUCCACUUUCGUCAAGGGGCGUAGACGAUCUGCUCUACGCGCGCGACUGUGAUUGUGAAGGAUACUGCGACAACUGUGCGGUAGUGCUCUCGCUGAACGCGAAAUGCACGGGAAGUGAGAUCAUGAAGGUGUUUGCGCGCGAUUUGGUCAUCGAGAGCAACCGGCCGAAUGACGAAGUGGGACGACCGGUCAUCACAGACUCGGAAGGCACAGGCAGCUGUAUCGUGAAGCUACGGAGAGGACAGGCAAUAAACAUGCGAUGUAUCGCGAAGAAGGGUAUCGCCAAGGAGCAUGCGAAAUGGGCACCCUCUGCGAGCGCCAUAGGGUUCGAGUACGAUCCAGCGAACAAGCUGCACCACCUGGACUACUGGUUUGAGGAAAAUGCUGCCGCAGAAUGGCCCAAGGACGAAGAACGCAUUAACCUCGACGGCGGCCCUGAACUGCCGGACACAGAAUUCGACCACAAAGCCGUCCCGGAACGCUUCUUCUACGACGUUGAGACUGUCGGCGGCCUCGAUCCGGAUCAGAUUGUCACGAAAGGCAUCGAGACACUUCAGCAAAAGCUUGCCUCCGUCAUCAAGGAACUACAUGGCGACAGUGGCGACCCAGACAGCAUGGACCUUGGUGGCGCACAGAGUCCAACAAUGAAUGGGGCGGGCUAUCCUGGUGCAGACGGUGGCUACACUACGCCUGGCUAUGGCGGAGCAAGUGCGUGGGGUGGUGCUGGCGGUGCGGCGCAGGGCGGUACGACGCCGUAUGGAGCUACGCCAUACGGUAACAGCUGGUAGUCAAUCGGCGAUCUCAAAGGAAGCUUUGGCUUGUAAAACAUUGCAUGGGCUGGCGUUCAAAAGGUGGAGGCGUCGAUACAAGAGCCGCUGGACAAAGCAGCGUAUUCCGAAUGACCUUGAACAAUAAUGGAGUAACCGAACAAUUACCAAAUUGAAGCUCAAUUUGACGAAGGGAG